AUGAAGAUGACGGAAGACCAGGCCUCCAUGGUCGCCGUCGAUCACAAGCCUGGCCCGGCCGUCCAGAAAUACCACCCGGACCACCAGCCCGAUUAUACCGCCAACGUCGACCACGGCACGUCGGCGUACUCGCCCGUCCCGCGGAGGGUCAUGGAUGGCAGUGAGCCCGGCCAUUUCACGCCUGCGGCUGUGGUGUCGGGCGCGCCCGUGGACUUGCAAGCCCGAACAGUCAGAAUCUACAAACCCGUCCGGCCGGCCACGCAGUCUGGGAGCUGGGGAUCCCAUGCGUGGCGCAUGGAUUGGGACGUGCUCGGCAAGGGCCAUCGCUGGGAGAAUCCGUUGAUGGGAUGGCAGUCGUCGGCAGAUUUCAUGCAAGGGACGAAAAUCAAUUUCAUGUCCAAGGAGGACGCUAUUGCGUUUGCGGAGAAACAGGGCUAUGAGUGGUACGUGCAGGAGCCGCAGGAGAGGAGGGUGGUCCCCAAGGCGUAUGCGAACAAUUUCUUGCAUGAGGGCGGGCCGAGAUUGAAGCAUAUCAAGACGAAGUAG